GGGACAGGACGGGACAGAGCGGUGCCGUGAGGAGCCCCCGCACAGCGCACUCGUUCGUGUCUGACCCGGAGCUUUUCCCAGGCGUUAUUCCUGCAGCUGACCUCGAGGCCAGACCACAGGACUUGCUGACCUGUGGCCUUCCUGAGGCUUCUCUUCUGCAGGUGCCCUUGAGGGCAGACCGUGGGACUUGGUGCCCCGGAGGCAUCUCCCAUCCCUGCCACCGGUGCCCUCGAGGCCUGACCACAAUCAAUCCUUGACAGGAGUCUCCUGUCCUUGUGGCAGGAGCCCUCAAGACCAGAGUGCAGGACUUGCUGUCCUGUAGCCUUCCUGAGGCUUCUCUCUUGAAGGUGCCUUCCAGGCACGACUGCAGGACUCGCCUACUCGGAGCUUUUCCGAGGCAUCUCUCCUGCAACUCGCCACAAAUCCAGUCACUGCCAUGGAGCAGAGAUCCCUGAGAGGGCCCAAGCUGGCCUGGGUGCAGGAGGAGGAAGAAGGCCCUGGAGCUGCCCCAAUAGAGGAGAUCAAAGAGGUGGUGCGGUUCAAGACUCUACAGGAGGAUGCAGCCGUGGACCGCACACAAGAGCAGGACCCCGCCCGUGGCCUCUUCCGCAGAACAGUGGAGGUGCCCGCCAUGGUGAGGUACAUCCACCAGUGGCUCAUGGACAAUCAGUUUGCUGAGCAGAGGCUGAACAGGGCCCUGCUGGAUCUCACCGAAGAACAGCCUGGUGAUGUAGUAAUGACACUCCUGUGUGUGGCCCCAUCCUGUGACAGAGCUGCUUUCACCAUGUGGAAGAGCAUCAUGUGCUCGCCCAGGACUGCCGAGCCAGUGCAGCUGAUGCUCCUCGAUGUGCUGGGGAGUUGGCCAGAGCACAGCACGUUCACCUCUGAUGGGGACAAAACGGGUGUCUUUGUCCUGGCUGCAACUCUGGUGAUGUGGAAGAUCCUCCAGGUGCCCUGUGUCCCACAGAUGGUGACGGUGUAUUUCCCCCACCUACUUGUGCAUCUGCUCUUCCAAGUGUUCUUCAGCACUCUGGAUAUGCCAGAGGAGGUCAAUACCUUCUGGAAGGGAUGCCAGCAGCAAUACGGCCUUGCCACCAGCCCCAGCAGGUUUGCAGUGCGGACCCUGAAGUCCCUGCUCUGCCAAAUGGAGCACGAGGAUGUGGUGCUGGCAAUGGAACGCAAGCGUGGCUGGGACACGCUGCUGUGUGCUGACACCCACCACUAUGCCGUGGGUCUGCUGGCCAGGGAGAUAUCCCGUGUCUCCAUCCCCUUGUGCUCCCGGAUCGCUCGCUACCUGCUCCAGCUGCUCAGCACACUGGAGCCACGCUGGGAGCUGCCCGCCCUGGCCUUCCUUGUGGAGGUCCUCGAGUGCCUGAACUUGAGUGGAGGCAGUGCUAACAGAGUCCUGCAAAUCUUGUCAAGGCACCUGCACAGCAAGUGCAGGGACAGGCGUCGCCUGGCGCUCAGGGCCCUUCUCAAGCUCAUUGACAAUCCCUCGAUGAGUGAAAAAAUGGGGAGCCUGACUGAAAGUCUUGUGGAGCUCCUGUGCGACGCAGAUGGAGAGAUAGUUAGCAUGACAGUCACGCUCCUCAGCUUUAUCUCCCGGGACAAGGACAUGCUGAUAGGCAGCUCCAUUGCACUGCGGCUGGUUGAGGCGCUCCUGCCACUCUUUGACCACGACAAUAGCCAGGUGCAGCUGCUCUCCAUCCUGCUCUUCCAAACAUUGCUGUCUCUUCCACUGGAAAAGGACAAAAAGGCCCUGAAGACACACGUGCACGAGAGCCUGCUGCCACUCUUCUUCCACUGCCAUGAUGAGAAUGGGCGUGUGGCACAGGUGAGGACUCGUGGGCUGCUGCUGUCCCCCUGGGAGGCGGCUCAGCUGCCUCCUGCCCUGGCGCCUGCUGGGCUGCAGCCUCCUCCAGGCCUUGGCACAGGGACACAGGUCCUGCGCCCUGGGCUGUGGGGCCAUCUCCGCGUCUCUGCUGCUCUCCAGGCUUCUCAGGAAACGCUGCUUUGUGUGGCCCACUUCCUCAAGAGGAGGGAUCUGGAAAAAGUGGUGAAGAAGAAGAAGCUGUGGAAGUUCACCGAGUGCCUGCUGGCAGACGACAGCAGCAGAGCGGCCGAGCACCUGCGCCAGGCCAUGCCCUACCUGGAGAGCCCAGAGGAGCCCCUGCGAGAGGCGGCCAUCAGGUUCCUGGGGAUGGCCGGGCGGCAGCUGAGGGGGAAGAAGGAAGAGCUCCAGCUCAUCUGUGAGGCCCUUGAAGGCACGGCAAAUGACAUCAGCGUCGCCGUUGGAAGCCUGGCAAUUCAAACGUUGUACAUCCUCCAGGCAGUAGAGAGAGCUGGAUAUUCCCUCUUGGACAGCCUGCAUGAUCAGCUCCGCAGGGCAUGGAGGACACGGCCUCGUCUCUUGGGGCUCGGCUGGCUGCGCUGCCGGAGCUGUGCAGAGUGCUGAUCCCAGAGGCUCUGUCUGCUGGGGCCACCUGAGCCAGCAGGAAUGUUUCAUUUCUUCAAGAUUGUUCUUUCGUUCUUUUUGCUUUUCUGUAGGAUAUAAAUAUAGGAUGUGUUCUAAUAGA